UGCGUAGAAUACCUUUCUUUUCGAGAGACAACAACUGAAUUGAACUACCUUUGAUUUUCAAGUGACUAUGGCUUGCUGUGGAUUGUUGCUCUUUGUGGGGGUGACUGCCGGGACAUUCCUGCAAGGGUUCAGUGCAGCUGAGAUACCAUUGAAAUCGAACAACAUCUCUGUUUUGCCAGAUUCAAUCCAUCCCCCCAACAGAAAACCCAAUACUAAAAUCGGGGCCCUUUUGAGGCGGCAGCGGACAUGGCAACAUCUGCAAGUGUCUUCCGAGAGUUUUUAUCAAAUCAAUAGCAGCUUGGAUGCUCUGCCACAGUUUCAGUGUGAGAAAGGGGUGCUCAUUUUGAAGUUUGCUGUGGACAGACACAGUGAUCCAAUGUUGCCCAACGAAUCCCACUUUCCCAACAACAUCCAGCAAGUCCCAGCCCAGUGCAAGCAUGUGGCAGUUCAACAUGGCCCUUGGCUUGUCUUGAAGGCCUUCUUGAAAGACUGUUUCCUUCAUCAUACGGGAACGGAAAUGAUGCAAACUGAAGACCUGAAGGUGCAGUAUUUCGACCGCUUGCUCAAGCAGAACCUAACAGGGGUUGCCUCGUGUCUUGUUACAACGCCACAAGGUACAGCGCCUGUGGUGAUGUGUAAGAAGAAUAAAAUGUUGGUAAAGCUGUCUGGACGUGCAUUGUAG